UGUUCCCUAGCCAGUUAGUAUCUAUAUAAUAAGAGAGAGUAGGAUUGUGUUUGUUUGUGUGUUCGUUUGUUUGUUUGUUCGCAUCAAAACAUGUCAACUUGUGGAUUGCAUACCGGAAAAACGGGAAUGAUUUAGAUCUCCAAACUUUGAACAUAGAUUCUAAAAAUAUCAAUCUCGUGCACCUGGAAGCCCAAAUUUCAAUUUUCCUUCUAGAUUUUUCAGAAUUAAUGUUCAAAUUCAUCUAUGCUACCGUAGGCUACAUUAAGUUUCAUAGCCCAAAGUGUGUCUAUUUAUGAGCAGGUAAAGGUGCGUACAGACUUUCGUUCCGCUCCAAGACCGAACGUCACUCCAGCAGAGCGAUUGAUGAUCGACCGGGGAGCAACAGUGGUUCGAUCGGGGAACGCGAGAAGAGCGUGUAGAACAGAGGUCGCGCUUGGCAAGCUCCUAGGUCGAACGUGGAAUGAACCAAUAGUUGAACAUGCGUGUUCAAUGUUUUUGUUUGUAAUGUUUGUUAAUAUAGCUACGAUCUCUGUGUUAGCAAAUAAAAUUAUAAAAAUUAAUAAUUAAUUAUUAAAUUAAAUAAUAUAAAGUUAUAAAAGCAUUUGUUAUAAUAGGUACCAACAUAUUAGCAUUUAGAAGGAAGAAGCCGAACUCCCAACCAAGCCUUUCACCUUUUGAAACACUGGCAAGAAUUAAAUUUUAUAAUAAAAUAUUAAAAUAAAUGCAAUAAUCAUAAUAUUUAUUAUCAAUUCAUUAUAUAAACAUAUAAUUAAUUAACCUAAUGUACUAUUAGGCUACUCAGCAAUCACCUGGUCAGAUUAUUUUAAUAUUUUUGUCACCCGAUCAGCUGGGUUGAACAUUUCACAUUUUUGAGGUUAGUUCAUUUUUCAAGCGGUCAGUUCGAAAUGGAGUGGAGUGAAGAAGUUCUUUUAAGAAUAAUAGAAUCGUAUGGUGAGAAACCAAUUUUGUGGGAUCCAUCCCACAAGCUUCAUUUUAGAAAGCAAUAUAGGGAAGAUGCUUGGAGAGCAAUAUCAGAGGAGUUUAAUAUUUCAAAAGAAGACAUUAAAAGAAAAAUUCAAAAUCUUCAAUCUUCAUACCGGCGAGAGAAACUAAAAAUUACAAAUAGCAGAAGUACCGGCAAAGGAAGAGAUGAAAUUUAUGUGAGCCGUUGGUUUGCUUACGACGCUUUUAAGUUUCUGGAUAAUAAAUAUAAGCCAAGAAAGGGGCUUACAACGGAGAUGGAAGAGGAUGCUGUUGUUGGAAAUUGUUUAGACAGUGAAAGUAAACAAAAUCAAGUAGAGGAAAGCGAACAGAAUGAAGAGAAAGGAAGCCAACAGGAUGAAGAAAAAGAAAACAAACAGUACAAUACAUCGUUUAAUAAGAAAAAACGUGUGAAGAGUACUGAUUCAAUAAUAAAUGAUGCAUUUAAGAUUCUGAAGACAGCAUCAGAUAAUUUUAACAAAACGCCGCCUUCCGAUGAGAUGGAUUCGUUCUUAUCAUUUGUAAGAACAAAACUGAAAACUUAUCCGAGAGAAACUCAGCUAUCUUUUCAGCAUUCAGUUAUGGAAUUGCUAGUUAAAGCAGAUAAGGAAAUUUUGGACUCUCAAAAAAGAAGAGUAGAAUCUGAGACAUGUGUUCUGCAUUCUAUACAGUCCCCACGUGGUGAUUCCUGGAUAGAAUUCGAAUCCUCAACUGAAGAUGUACUUGAAUGACAAUAUCCAAUAUCAUUACAGUAGGAGAUCUGGCAUAUUUACCUCAAGUAUUUUUGCUUAUCAGUUCUUCUAAUUACAAUAUCAAAAUAGAAAUUCCAUUAAUUUUAUUGAUUGCAAUUUAAAAUAAAGAUUUUUGAGCUUGUAA